AUGUCUAGUUUCCAGAAGCCCGCUGCCGGCUCCGUACUCGACUACGCCUCCACGCAUUCUUUGCAGGAUGCUGGUUCGUACUCGACCUACGGCCAAUCCCCUUAUGUGACUACUUCUCUCGUCCCCUCACCCAUGGCCGACCAGGCCAGCCAGAUCUCGGACUGUGUCCCAUACAUUCCCAGCAACGAAUAUGCCAGCUCGUACGAAGAGGCACAGUCUCCGAUGAUGGGUAGCCGACCUCGACAAGUUCCCGAGAUUGUUACAUAUAGCCCUCAGCGUGGUUGUGAGGGUACUCGGGUUGUGGUGCAGAUCCAGUCUCCAUUUGACCUGCACAGCUCCUCUUAUGGCGCCUUGUACAUUGUCUUUGGAAGCAAAAAGUGCGAGUGCAACCCACAUUUUCUGGGCUUCCAAGGUACCAACUUCCAGUACUGCCUCUCGGCCGAUGCCCCGUCAUUCAUCUCAACUGGUUCACCCUCCGUGGCGGUCCCCCUCCAGGUCGUCCUGGAGACUCAGAGUGACUGCCAACCUACAACCUUGCAAGUCGGUGUAUAUACCUACGAGCAGGUGUCGCACCCCUCGCCGGGUGCCGAGUCGCGCAAGAGAAAGUUCUCUUCUUACUCUGACCAUGCCGUGCCUGCUCCUGUGCCAGCCAAGCGGACCCCCCACCAGAGUAUUCCUAAGAUUGAGCAGCAGGACAACUAUACCUACCGGGACAACCGCUCGGCUUCUUUCUCGCCCUACCUGCAAACCUUGCCUGCUAUGACAGGAUUCGUCACCCCAUACCACGCUGCUUCUUCUCCCCGUGUCGGCCCGACUCAGUUCUCGAGUGUCUCGGCCACCCCUCAGCCAGCUCUGCGUGCUCCUUCUCCUCUGACCCCAGCCUGGAGUCCAUCUUUCAUGCCUGGCCCCACUGACAUGCGAAGCCAAAGCCUCGGCAUGGUUCAUUCUAUGUCACAGCAUCGGAGACCCUCGCCGGCACGCGCUUCCAAUUCCGCCAACCCUACCUUGAUCCGCACCUCCACCUUGCAGCAGGCCAGCGGCAUUGGCCAGAACUCCACCUUCAACCCGUACGCCAUGUACCCUACCAAGGCUGUUCUGAAGCUGAAUGGUGACCUGAACUCGAUGGCCGUUGGCUGGAGUGCGGAGGAGCGUGAAUCUCAGCGCCGCCUAGUGCAGUUUACUCGUUCCCAGACUGGUAGCACUAUCAAUGCCGAAUUCAAGCCCGUGACCCCCGAGGAGCGCGCCCCCAACAGCAUUUGCAUCAGCUGCAUCCACUGGGAAGGCAAGGAUGAGUGCUUCGUCACCAGUGUGGACACUAUCUACCUGCUGGAGUCCCUGGUCGCCGUCCGCUUCACCGUUGAGGAGAAGAACCGCAUCCGACGAAACCUGGAGGGCUUCCGCCCGCUUACCGUCUCUAAGGCUAAGGCUGAUAGCGAGGAGUUCUUCAAGGUUAUUAUGGGCUUCCCUGCACCCAAGCCCCGUAACAUUGAGAAGGACGUCAAGGUUUUCCCCUGGAGCAUCCUCGCCGAGGCUCUGCGCAAGAUCAUUGGAAAAUACUCCGCUAGCUACUCAUCCACCGCGGGUGUCCUACCUACACCGAUGACGAACUACGCCAGCCACGGCACCGGCUCUGACUCGGGAACCGAGCCUCACGGCACUGGUUCCCCCCAGUCGCUCUCCGAUGCCGGCCCGAUCAGCACCUACGGUCACCACCACGCCCUACCUGCACCGGUCUACGUCUCGCAGCCCGAUCAGUCCUGCGCUCCGAUGUCUGCUGCCUCUGAUCUCCGUUCCGUGAUGCCUCCCAUCAGCCAGCCGUACUCUUCCGUCGGAGCUUACUCCUAUCCUGCCAUCUGCCACCCUCAAAAUUCUCACGGUCUGGUUGCUCCCAGCCCGCGGACGUCCUGGGAGAUGCACAGCCUCGGCGCCACAACUCCCUCGACUAGCGCCGCCUAUGGCUACAUGGACCCAGUGUAUCCGAUCCAUGAUGGAGCGCACGGUCACUGA